AUGGCGCCCAUCCUGAGCUGCGACCCCGGGGGCCUCGAGGUGCCCAGCGUGCUGCACAUAGCCACGCUGGGCGGCGUCACCGCCUGCCUCAUGCGCCACUUCAGGGCCAGCCUGGCGUCGCUGCCGCUGCUCGCGCAGCCGCUGUGCAGCCUGGCGCUGGGCACCUGGUCUGAGGAGGCGGUGGGGGAGGACGACGCGGCGGCCUACCGGCAGCGGCAGCAGCAGGCGGUCGCCAUGAUGAUGGCGCGCCGCGCGGACAGCGGGCGCGGCGCGCAGGCGCCCGGCGGCGGGCCCGGCCAGGCCAACGGCGGGUGCGCGCAGGACGGCGGCGGCGGCAAGGGCGGAGGCGGCGGCGCGCUGCGCGUGCGGCCGCUGCAGGUGGUGCACCCCAGCACCCCUCUGACUGCGGCGCUGGGUCUCCUGCUGGAGGCUGGCGUCAGCGCGCUGCCCGUGGUGGACGAGCGCGGCGUGCUGCUGGACGUGUACGCGCGCGCUGACAUCACCCAGCUGUGCCGCGGCAACGCCUACAACAGGCUGCAGUGGGAGGACGUCACGGUCGGCCAGGCGCUCUCUACGGCGCCCUCGGCGCUGCCAGGCUGGGUGCAGGGCUCCGCUCACGGGGUGGCGGGCGCGGAUGGCCACCAAAUCGGGUUUGGUGCGGGCAGCAACGAGGCCGCCGUGCGCGGAGGCUCUCAGUUGGGCGGCGGCGCGGGCAUGGGCAAGCCGGGGCGCGUGGCGGUGGCGGCGCGGGACGACGCCCUGCGCACGGUGGUGGAGCGGCUGAGCCUGCCUGGGGUGCGGCGGCUGGUGGUGGUGCAGCGGGGCACGGGGCGCGUGGAGGGCGUAGUGUCGCUCUCAGACGUCGCCGCGCUGCUCUUCAUGUAA